AUGGGUGGCGAGAGAGAUGGUUUGCGCGUUCUUCCCUCAGACUUCAGUGGCUGCACGAAGAUCUUCCUGGAUGUCGGUGCGAAUCGGGCAACUCACAUCCGAAAGCUGUUUGAGCCGGAGAAGUAUAGUGAGUCGAAAUAUCUUUCGAUAUUUGACGAAGCUUUUGGAUCAGCUUCGUUUCGGUCGAUGCCGUCACGGGUGACAGGACUGUGCGCAUUUGGGUUUGAACCGAAUCCAAGGUGGGGGCAGCGCCUUCAUGAGAUCGAGCAUGCCUACAAUGCGAAGGGAUGGCGUGUGAAGCUGUUCAAUGUUGCCGUGGGAGCAAAGCCUGGCAGCAUAGUCUUCUACAAGAACGACCCAAAGGGCCUCAACAGCGAUUGGGGUUUCAGUGCUUUCGCACUGGCAAACUUCGUGCCCGGGGAGAACAAAACGCUGACAGUCCCUGUUGUUGACCUUCCCCGAUUUCUACAAGACUUGGACAGCCAUGCGCCUCCUGGCCAAAGGCUGAUGAAGCUAGACAUCGAAGGGACUGAGUACCAGCUUCUUCCAGCAAUGAUUGGCAAACAGCUGUUGUGCGCGAGAGUCCUAAACACUGUUACCAUGGAGUGGCAUAACAGGAAGAACAAACGUGGAGAGUACAGGAUGAAUGUUACGGAUGAUGAGCGUGGCAUGUUUGAAGAGGUAGAAGAGACAGUGAUGAAAGGCCGAGGCUGCAAAGAUGGGCCGCCGACUAGCAUCAAACUUUUCGAUGUCGAAGACUAUCUCUCAGACGGCCAGCCUCUUCCGGCAGAUGCUGAUUGCAGACGUCCUGAGUCAGAGCCCUCGCAUCUGCCAGAUGAUCUGCGGCGCUGCAAGUUUCCAAACAAGAAGGAUCAAUUUGGCACUGCGCCCUGGACACGGCAGCUGGUCAACAAUCCUUAUGAACCAGGUUGUUGGGACAGAACAAGCUACUGUGCACCUUUCGAUUGUUUCCCGGAGUGCAGAGACAACCCUGAGUAUCAGAACAUGAUCAAGUAUUGGGCACCACUCAGGCCUGGUAGGCGAAAAGUUAUGGUGUUCCAGUACGGGAAAGUGGCGUCCACAGCAAUUGUCAGGGGCUUGAAGCUUUACGCAGGUAUUACAGCUGCUCAUGUGCACACUGCAGAGCAUGCAAAGCAAUGGCUGGCAGGGAUGCAUGUUGAUCUUCCAGUUGAACAGCAGGGCUUUGCACUGUCCGAUGAGUGGUCGUUGAAAUCAGGAGAUGAGUGCACCAUCAUCACUGCAACCCGGAGCCAUUUCAGCCGAGAUGCAUCCGAAUACUUCGAGAAUAUCUUGCAGGUGAACCACCCAUAUGGCUAUCACCCUCGUGGUGUGAAGCGUUUCAAAGACCGCGCUCCACGCACUGGGGAGAGUCGUUGGACGCAAGAAACUGUUCUGCGCUUGGGCAAUGAGAGCAUUUCAGCAUUGGUGGAAGAUUUUCGGGCCCAGCACUCAAUCGUUCUUGCAUUCUACGCCAACUGGUUCACAGCACAGUUCAAAGCAGCCACUCGCAUUGAUGUACUGUCACAGCCGUUUGACUUGCAGCAGCACCAUUCCUGGAUUCGUGGUUCGCGGUGCUCAGCACUGGUAUUACGGUCGGAGGACUCAAAAUUCUGGCCGGACAUCAUUGCAAAGUACUUUGAUGGUUUCAAGAUGCCAAGAUCGAACUCAGCAAGCCGCAAGUGGUACAGCGAUGUAUACAGUGCCUUCAAGACGCAUCUGCAGUACACCCCAGGUGAAAUGAGGGAGAUGUGUGCAACAGAGACGGAGCGGCACUUCUACAAAGAAGACGAGUCCUCUCCUUGCAGGUAG